AUGAAUUUUGAACUACCACUGCAUAUACAGAGCUUCUUGUCUCGCCUUGAUUCCUUUAUCCAUGAAACCAUUCUACCUUUGCAAAAGAGGGACGACAAUGACAGAUUCUUUGACUACCGCCGGGAAGCUUCACGAACUCAAUGGCAUAACCAAGGCUUGCCGACAGAAGAAUGGGAGCGCUUACUACAACACACAAAAAGGCUUGCUGAUACGGCAGGCUUCUACCGUUUUGCAUCUCCUCGGGAGUUUGGUGGAUCAGGAGAAGCAUCAAUGAACCUGUACAUGUGCGCUACUCGGUACCAUCUGUCCUCCCAUCCUGAGUAUGGCGGCGGUGUGAGCUUGGCCAACGACUUACAGAGCGAGCACAGUAUCGUCGGAAACAUGCCAUUUGUCAUCUUGAUCUAUCACUACGGGACUGAGAAACAAAAGCAAGAUCUGAUUCCUGCUAGCAUCAAUGGACAAAUACGAGCUACUUUCGGGUUAACGGAGAUCAACCAUGGGUCAGAUGCAACGCAUAUGGAGACAACAGCGAAAGCUGUCACUCUUUCUUCAGGAGAAGAGGGCUACAGAAUCAAUGGAAACAAGAAAUGGCAGACGGGAAUGCACCAUGCAAACUACUGUGUGGUCUUUGCUAGAACAUCUGGAAAAGUCGGAGAUGCCAGCGGUAUCACGGCUUUCCUAGUACCUCGGAACUCCCCUGGCGUCACAGUUGCAUCGUAUGAGUGGACUCUCAACAUGCCAACCGAUCAUGCAACGGUUCUUUUCAAAGACGUCCUGGUCCCAGCAUCAGCCAUCCUCGGCCCUCGCGACAACGGCCUAGCCAUUGCCCAGACCUUCACGCACGAAAACAGAAUCAGACAAGCUGCGUCUAGCUGCGGAGCCGCACGAUACUGCAUCCAAAAGAGUGUCGAAUACGCCAAUAACCGCAAUGUCUUCGGAAAGCCUCUCUCCAUCAACCAAGCCAUCCAAUGGCCCCUCGUCGAACUCUCAACCCAGGAAGAGAUGCUGAGGCUCCUCAUCUUGCGCACUGCAGUGGAGAUGGAUGACGUAACGGCGCAAGCAAAACAAGAUGGCAAAGCGCCCUGGGUUGCUAUCGAGAAACGGUUAGGACAUAAGAUUGGUAUGUGCAACUACUACGCAAAUCGAUUGGCUUGCGAGGCAGCGGAUCGUGCGAUUCAGAUCCAUGGCGGAGAUGGUUACUCGAGGCAUUAUCCUUUUGAGCACAUCUGGCGUCACUUUAGACGAUAUAGAAUCACAGAAGGGAGCGAAGAGGUUCAGAUGCGAAAGAUUGCGGCUUACUUGUUUGGAUAUAAGAACACUGGUGAGAAGGCUGAAAGGACCAAGUUGUGA